GGUUCCCUCAUGGCUCUGUCCACUGGACAUCCUCCUGCUGCAGAGAAAUCCGCCCACCAGGGGCCACCGACCCCACCCCCUGCCUUGAAAUUUAAAGGAGGUUGGAGCCGUGCAGAAAGAUUGGCGCUGAGGUCUUGCAAGAGCUGAGGCUGACGAGAAAGCCUGGGAAAGAAGACAAGGAGUGGCGGACACUCUGAAGAAACCAUGAAUAAAAUGAAGAGAAAACUGUUGUGUGUACUGCUGCUCUGUGGAGCUGUCUUCACUUUGCCCAGCCAGGAAAUCCACAGGCGAUUCAGAAGAGGGGGCAGGUCUUACAGAGUGACCUGCAGAGAUGAAAAAACACAGAUGAUCUACCAGCAACUUGAAUCGUGGCUGCGGCCAAUGCUUAGAAGCAACCGAGUAGAGUACUGCUGGUGUAACAGUGGCUGGUCACAGUGCCACUCUGUGCCCGUCAAAAGUUGCAACGAACAGAGAUGCUUCAAUGGGGGGACAUGUUGGCAAGCUCUGUAUUUCUCACAUUUUGUCUGUCAGUGCCCUGAAGGAUUUGGUGGGAAACUCUGUGAAAUAGAUGCCAGUGCCACCUGCUACAAGGACCAGGGUGUGACCUACAGGGGCAUGUGGAGCACAGCGGACAGUGGGGCUGAGUGUAUCAACUGGAACAGCAGCGCACUGGCCUGGAAGCCCUACAACGGGCGGAGGCCAGAUGCCAUCAAGCUGGGCCUCGGAAAUCACAAUUACUGCAGAAACCCAGAUGGAGACUGGAAGCCUUGGUGCUACGUCUUCAAAGCAGGGAAGUACACCUCAGAAUUCUGCAGCACACCAGCCUGCUCCAAAGAAAAAAAUGGGGACUGCUAUUUUGGAAAAGGGUUAGCAUACCGUGGAACCCACAACUACACCACCUCUGGUGCCUCCUGUCUCCAGUGGAAUUCCAUGAUCCUGCUAGGCAAGAUUUAUACAGCACGGAACAGCAAUGCCCAGGCACUGGGCCUGGGCAAACACAAUUACUGCCGGAAUCCAGAUGGGGAUGCCAGGCCUUGGUGCCACGUGAUGAAGGACCGCAAGCUGACAUGGGAAUACUGUGACAUUGCCCAGUGCUCCACCUGUGGCCUGAGACAGUAUAAACGGCCUCAGUUUCGCAUUAAAGGAGGACUCUUCUCAGACAUCACCUCUCAUCCAUGGCAGGCUGCCAUCUUUGUCCAGAACAGGAGGUCGCCAGGAGAGAGGUUCUUGUGUGGGGGAAUAUUGAUCAGCUCCUGCUGGAUCCUGUCUGCUGCUCACUGCUUCCAGGAGAGGUUUCCUCCCCACCACCUUAAGGUGGUCUUGGGCAGAACAUACCGGUUGAUCCCUGAACAGGAAGAGCAGAAAUUUGAAGUAGAAAAAUACAUCAUCCAUAAGGAAUUUGAUGACGACACUUACAACAAUGACAUCGCACUGCUGCGGCUGAAAUCAGAUUCGCUACAGUGCGCCCAGGAGAGUGACACUGUCCGCACAGUCUGUCUCCCGGAAGCCGACCUGCAGCUGCCCGACUGGACGGAAUGUGAGCUGUCUGGCUACGGCAAGCAUGAGGCAUCUUCUCCUUUCUAUUCUGAGCGGUUAAAGGAGGCUCAUGUCAGACUAUACCCAUCCAGCCGCUGCACAUCCAAGCAUUUGUUUAACAAAACCAUCACGAACAACAUGCUAUGCGCUGGAGACACACGAAGUGGAGGGGACCAAGCAAACCUACACGAUGCCUGCCAGGGGGACUCAGGAGGCCCGUUGGUGUGUCUGAAGGACAACCGCAUGACUUUGGUUGGCAUCAUCAGUUGGGGCCUUGGCUGUGGGCAGAAAGAUGUGCCGGGUGUAUAUACCAAGGUUACUAAUUACCUAGACUGGAUUCAAGACAAUACGCGCCCGUGACCAGCACCCAAUCCCUGAAAUCACGGCUGACCCUGCUGCCUCCACUUCAGAAGACACCAACACAGAGUGCUUCUUUAUACUAAUUUCUCCAUCAGCAAUCGUACAGUACAAGUGGGGGGAGAACCGGUAGGAGAGGGGAGAGGAUAUUUUUUCACAGGUACUUCCCACUUUGGAAGUUUUCAGGGUUUACGGUCUGAUUUCUGAAUGUGUUCUUUCAGAUUGGCAGACAGAUAAAUGCCAACCCCUCCCAGAAUGCCACCAUUUAGGGCACAGGAGAGAUAGAAUGAAAGCCCAACUCCGAAUCUGUCAACUUAAGAAGCUUUGGGAAUGGGACCACAAAGAUAAAAAAGCAUGUCUCCGUAGUAAAAACUUAGAUCCUUCAGGAAAGAAGCCUUGCAUUAGAAAUAGAAUGUGUAUUUAUAGCCACAGGAAGCCCAACAGGGGCCUGAGCCUCCCAAUGAGGAAUGAGGCUGGCUGGCCAGAUCAUAUUCCUCAAAACCAUCCUUUCAAUCAAGUAUUUGUCUUUCUCCUUUCUCCACUCUACAGAUCCUGGAAGGUAUUCCUUUCGUGUACAGUGUAAAUCCUUUUCUUAUCAACUUUAUAAUAGAAGAAUUGUAUCAUUUUCGUAACUGAUAAACUAGACUUUAGCAUAUUUAUAGCAAUCCAUUUCAGUUUUUACUUUCUGUUGCCACAAUUCUGUAUUAUACUGUAUUGAAAUAAUAAAUUCAGAUAUAUUUUUCACA